AAUUAGAUUGUUCCACGGAUCGUAAUCCUUAAGACUUUGCAAAUAUUAUCGAUCUGUGAACCCUUUAAAUAUAGCUAUCUUAACGAAGAUCGAAUCAUUUUAUAGAACCAUGUCGCGACAAUCAGUAGUUCUAUCAAUACUCUCUUACUUUUUAUUUGUUACGUUGAACAACGUAACGUCUAAAGUAAUUCCACCUUCGGCACCAUGGGCAAGCUUUGCUUCGAAAUCAGUUUAUUCGAGGUCACUUGGACCACCUGUACCUGGUGUAUCUGGAUUUAGCACCAUAAGCAUACCGUACAUGUCCAAAUCGCCGUUCUUUCCAAAAUUCGUUGAUCCUAAAGAUAUGAUUUCUAAAAAGACUGAUUUAUUGAGCAAUCUCUUCGGUGGAAUCGGUACAGUUCCCUUGGCUGCGGAUAGUUCCAAGUUAUUACCAAGCAGUUUUUUGCAAUAUCCUACGGUGGAUGAUCAAAGCGAUUCCGCUGAGACGAAGUUAAAUGACAUUGCUCAACUAUACGGAAUUUCGAAAUUUAAAUCUCCGCUACUACCGUCACAGGAAACUAAGAGAAGUACAACCUUGCUCGCAAACGAUCCGGAACCUUCAUCGAAAGAUACAGCGUCUAAUGAUAAAACUGAAGUAAAAGAUCCCAACUCAUCUACGAGCGAUAACGAUUCGAAAUCGGAAGAAAGUGAAACACCCGAAGACAAGAUUAAUGAUAAGUUAAAGGUAAAGGAAUAUCUUCCAGGAAUGUUUUCUCCAUUUGCUGUUGAUCCAUCGAUGUUCAUAGACAAAAAAUAUUCCUUUUUGGACACACUAUUUAAAAAUCUUGCAACUUCUACCGCUGCUCCGAUUUUUGCCGAUACGACACCAAAGAGUACAAUCGUACCACCUGAAUUUUGGAUUCCAAGCUCACCGUUUGCCGAUCCAACGGAAUACAACGACAAGAUAUCCUCCUUUUUGGAUAAAUUAUUCGAGAAUUUAACAUUGAACAAGACUAAUGCCGAGGACGAAACAUCAUCUCCGGUUUCUGCUCCGAGAGUUGCAAGAUCGAUCGAGGAUGUAUCUUCAAUACUCGCUGCUAAAGAUGCUUUCGUAGAUUCGAUACUAAUGCAAUUGAGUAGUUUGAAAGACGAAAUGAUCUCGGUUCUAAACGAUACGAUAGCUUAUCAAAAAUCUUCGAGCGUGUCUUCGUCGAUGGUACCAAAGAAACCAUUUCUACCAAGCAUGUGGAUGAAGCCAACAGCAGAUACGAUGUUACUGUACAAGCAAAAAAUGCAAUUUCUUGAUCAAAUGUUCGAUAUGUUGCUAGAAUUGCAAAAAAAUGUAUCAGCAAAUAUUUUAGAAACCGUGAAGUCCGAACUGAACACACAAAGUGAUGUUCAACCGCCGAAUUUCAUCGACGAACCUUUGGCACCUACCGACGAUAAUUUGUUGAAUCAAUCUCUGUUGGAUGUCAUUAAGCAAAGUUUAGCACAAAGUAUUCAAUAUCCAGCAGCUGCAUCGAAAGGUGCUGGCAAAAAAGUAGCUCGAUCGACACCAAGCGCAACUUCAUUUUGGGUUUCUUAUCCGGAGAGUACACAUACCGUUGCUAAACGACACGCUCCUGCAAAUAAUUUUCAAUAUCCUUCACGAACAGGAAAUAAUUUUAAUUAUCCACAAGAUAAAUCGGAUCUGAGCCAAUCCGCGGAAUUGUCACAGAAAUAUGACAAGGAAAAUACCGAUUUCGAUUACGAUAUUGAUGAGCAAAGAGAAAAUAUAGAGAAAUUUAAAAAAUAUGUUAAGUGGAUGGAUUAUAUUAUGAACAAACGCAAGGAAGGCAAGCAUCGUCAUCAUCAUCAUUAUUUUUAAGUCAUUUCAAAAAUUGAUUAAUAUAUUAUUAUAUCUCAAAAUUCGAAAUACUAAGUUAAAAUUAAAUCGUGUAGAAGAUUUCGAUUCUAUAAAUAAAAUUCUUUAAAAACAAUUAAGAAA